AUGCUCAAGUCAACCUACAAACCCUCGGCGACCUCGCCCCAACCGUUGCUCCCAGGAUGGACCGAACACAAGGCGCCGACCGGCCACACCUACUACUACAAUGCCGCCACCAAGACAUCGACCUACACCCGCCCGAGCGCGCCACCGCCUGCGCCCGCGCCCAUGGACCCCUCUGCGAGCUUCAUGCAGCACAGCGCUGUCCCGAACGUGAACCUCUCCGACCCGCGCGUCGCCAACGCUUUCAUGUCACAGUACAACCAGCCGCCAGCCGUACAGAACCAUCGCGGCGGCCAUGGAGGACGAGGCGGGAGGGGAGGUGCACACGGGGACAGACCGCGACCCCAACCGACCGACAAGCCAAGGUCCAAGGUUGCCAUCCCCGGCUGCGAGCCGUGGAUCCUGGUCUACACAAAGUGCCAACGACGCUUUGCCUAUAACCCUGUCAAGAACGCGAGCUACUGGCGCAUCCCGGAGAAGCUGAUGCCGGCAAUACUUGAACUGGACAGGGCGAGGAUACGAGACAAGGCAGGUUUCGGGGAGAAGAAAGAGCAAGAAGACGGCAAUUCGGACAGCCCUCGAAACAACACAGCUCCAAAUGGCGACGGUACCGAGGAUGGUCAGGCCGCUGUGGAAGAAACCGCCCAAGAUCCCCAGCAUGAUUAUGACAGCUCCGAGUACGAGGAGGUCGAGGUCACGGACGAUGAGGCAGAAGACGGCGAGGGCGACGAUGGGCAUGCCACAAAACGCCAGAGGAUCGGAGAGACCUCGGAAGACGACGACCGACCGGCGGAAUUCAGCGAGGCAGACAUUGCAGCUCAGCUGCAGGCCAUGGGCGAAGAGUAUGGACUCGACCCGGGCGAAUACGACGACGGCCACAUGGAUGAAUGGCCCGAAGGCGCAGCCGGCAUCGAGUUAUCUGAGGAGGACGCCAAGGGCUUGUUCAAAGACCUUCUCAACGACUACGGAAUCAACCCGUACAGCCCUUGGGAGAAGCUCAUCGAGGAGGGCAAGGUCUUCGAUGACAAUCGAUACACGGUCCUCAGCACCACCAAGGCUAGGAGAGAAGUAUGGGAGGAAUGGUCACGAGAGAAGAUCAAGGAGCUUCAGGAGCAGAGGGCAAAACAAGAGAAGAAGGACCCGCGGAUACCGUACCUCGCGUUGCUGCACGACAAGGCAACACCGAAGCUGUACUGGCCCGAGUUCAAAAGAAAACACAAAAAGGAGCCAUCAAUGAAGGACUCGUCCCUGCCAGAUAAGGACAGAGAGAAGCUCUACAGGGAACACAUCAAUCGGCUCAAGCUCCCACAAGCCACCCUGAAGACCGACCUGGCCAACCUCCUCAAAUCCAUACCUAUAUCACAACUCAACAACAAGACCCUGCUUACCCAUCUCCCUCCACAAAUCAUCACCGACAUCCGCUACAUCUCGCUGGAUGCCAAGACCCGCGACUCUCUAGUCGAUGCCUUCAUCCAGACCUUACCCCCGCCUCCUGAAAACGGAGACGCAGCAGGUGAUUCUGAAGCAGCACAGAAGGUGCUGGACAUGCGCAAAAAGAGGGAGAAAGCGCUUCAGGACCGGGAGAAGGCCGUCGAGGAGGAGAAGCGUAGGCAGGAGAAGAAUCUGAGGCACAGCAAAGCCUUGCUCAGGGAUGGAGAGCGGGAGCUGCAGGCGGCAAUGGAGGUUGGGAAUAGGGGGCUGCACAGUCAGCUUGACCGAAAUUAG